CGCUGUCAUGGUCGCAGUUAAAGAGGGUGGUCAGAGUCAGAACUCUCCCUUAAGCAACCUUCCAAAUUUAUUGAUACAUUUCUGUAUCCCAAGAUCCACCCACCACUCUCCUCCUUCUCUCUUCAUCUUCGCAAGAUUCUAAACCACAUCUCAUCCCCUCAUGUCCGAAAACAGCAAGAUUCUUGCAAUGUGUUGUUGACUUUGAUCUCCAAUCGUCAUGGGGAAGAAGAGCGGCUCUUCCUCUUCUUCCUGGCUCACCGCUGUUAAACGAGCUUUCCGAUCUCCGACCAAGAAAGAACAUAACAACAACAACAUCAAUGCUCACGGUAAUGAAGCUGAGGAAGACGAUGACAAGAAGAGAGAGAAGCGACGGUGGUUAUUCAGAAAAACAACGAAUCACGACUCUUCGGCAAAGACCACCGGCGUUGUAAAAGACGGGUCUGCUCCUAAACCUGUUGAAACGGCGGCGAUCAACACAAAUGCUUCAUCCUCUGUUUCAGAACAGAGAAACGCCGCACCACCACCGCACACCACCGUCUCCGUCGUAUCGGAACUUCCUCCGGAGACGGCGGAGCUACCAAGUAUCUCAAGCCGGAGUUACUCCGCGAGAGAAAGCUACGCAGCUAUCAUCAUCCAAACUUGUUUCAGAGGUUAUCUGGCAAGAAGAGCAUUAAGAGCAUUGAAAGGGUUAGUGAAGCUACAAGCACUAGUGAGAGGUCACAACGUUAGGAAACAAGCUAAGAUGACAUUACGUUGUAUGCAAGCUCUGGUCCGAGUCCAGUCUCGUGUCCUUGACCAACGUAAACGCUUGUCUCACGAUGGUACUCGCAAGUCUGCCUUCAGUGACACUCAAAGUGUUCUUGAAUCUCGUUUUCUUCAAGACAUUUCAGACAGAAGAUCCAUGUCAAGAGAAGGAAGUAGCAUUGCUGAAGAUUGGGAGGAGAGACCACAAACGAUUCAAGAAGUCAAAGCAAUGUUGCAAGAAAGACGAGACAAUAGUUUAUCAAAAGCCUUCUCGCAACCGAUUAGGAGAACGGGAGGUAGUCAAUCUAUAGGAGUAGAUGAAGAAGAGAGACCAAAAUGGUUAGACCGAUGGAUGUCAUCUAAACCAUGGGAUAAACGAGCUUCAACGGACCAAAGACCACCGAUUUACAAAACCGUUGAAAUGGAUACUUCCCAACCGUAUUUAACCCGUGCUCAUUCAAGAACCGGUGCUAGUCCAAGCCGUAGCCAAAGGCCUGAUACACCAUCAAGAACCAGCCACCAUUACAACCAUCAACAACAACACAGUUUCUCAUCAGCUACACCAUCUCCGGCUAAGUCCAGACCGAUACAAAUCCGGUCCGCGAGUCCACGGAUUCAAAGAGAUGACCGGUCUGCUUACAGCUACACAUCAAACACACCUAGCUUGAGGUCUAACUAUAGUUUUACCGCAAGAAGUGGCUAUAGCGUUUGCACCACCACCACAUUGCCGAACUACAUGGCCAUCACUGAAUCAGCAAAGGCUAGAAUAAGGUCUCAUAGUGCACCGAGGCAACGACCUUUGACACCUGAGAAAGACCGUGCCGGGUCAGCUAGGAAACGGCUUUCAUAUCCGGUUCCAGUGCAGCCACCAGUGGAUUAUGGUGAUAGUAACAGUCAGAGUUUAAGGAGUCCGAGUCUGAAGAGUAUCGGUGGUUCACAGUUGGGUGCAUUGGAGCAACAGUCAAACUACUCUUCUUGCUAUACCGAGUCUGUUGGUGGUGGUGGAGAGAUCUCACCUGCUUCUACUAGUGAUAGAAGAUGGUUAAGAUGAUAAAUAAGGAAAAUCUAACGGUCAUAGUUUUUUCUUAAAUAGUUUUUUCGGAUAUAUAUAUAAAUAAUAUUUCAUUUUGACUAAGAUAAGAACGAUGACUUUUUAGUGUGUGUUGAUGACCUUGGAUAUUGGUGUGUAAUGUGUGAUUUUGUGUGUUUUUGUUUAUGUUUUAAUGGAAGAUUGGAAAUGUAAUCUUGUUACUAAUUUUGGUCUUUACGUAAGCAUUGUUCUAAAUUUUUAUUUUAAAUGAUUGCAAUUAGAUCAUUAUCAUAUGCAAGUUAUGAGAUGAUUAUUGUCGUGGUCUAACUACUUUUCAUUUACAUGAUGUUUUAAGUUAUUGAACUUAAAAGCAAUGUCUGGCCAGCUUACUAUUUUCAUUGUAAUUUAAUGCAAAAGUGAAUAUUAAUUUAUGAAAUUGACCAUGAGAAAAGCUGCAACUUUGCAACUUGGGACACGAGCAAAGAACAUCGCCCAUGUGACAUGAUUCCUACACUUAUCAGUCUUGUCUUCGACGUUACACUUACAAGUUACAACACACAACUCCACAUCGACCUAAGAUAAGAGAAGGUUACAUAAAAGGACACAUUAUGAAUUCUCUUUACGCGUGAAGACACAUUCUGAUCUUAGAACACUUUAGUUGUACGGCUGUGUAAAUUUGUGACAAAAAUGACCUUGAUAUGUUUUAGAGAAGCAACCAUUACAUAACUUAGUUUGGAGAGUUGGUUCCAGCUGUGACGUUUAUUCUGAGGUUUGCUGUUUGAUGUAUUUCUCUACAUAAUUUUUUAUUUUUUAACAAUAAAUCAACUUUUCAUACCCCAACA